AUGAAAUCUUUCAUCGCUAUCGUGUUCUGCUUCGUCUUUGGGCUUGCGAGUCUCAUCGGCGCAUUUCCUGCCGACGACACUGGCCUCUCCGGCUACAACAGCAGCCUUAAUGCUUACAACGCGUCCAUCAGGCUCGAUGACCAUCCUUGGGAUCACCACAACGGUCGUGCUCUUGCUGAGAUCUGGAUCGGUCGUCAAGCUGUGAACGUUGGGGAUCUAACCCAGGCUGAGCUGUACGGACAAGUCUGGACUCAAAUCGACAAAGUCUGUCCAUCUUCCAAGCCUGGCUUCUGCUACUCCUCCUGGCGCUGGACUUUCAAGACGCACUAUGUGACUGAGCACAACAGUGCUUUCCCAAUCCGGUACGACGACACCUACUUCUCUAUGACAAUUACGGACUUCCGUUGGUACCACGAGGAUACUCGCCGCUUGCUCAUCGGCAUCGCUGCUGGCACACUUGAGGCUCUGACCAAAAAGGGCAGUCCCAACUGCUACCAGCUCCCACUCCACUACAAGUGGUUCUGCAACAUCGGCGAUUCACUCGAGAUCAACCUGCCCGACCAGGACGGCCACAACAACUACCUCCAUCUCCGCUUCUACGGCGACCAGGUGUACAGUGGGUUCCGGUGCUGCCGCGAUGACAAGGUCCACGAUAAGAAUGUCCGCCGCGAUGUCGAUCAGGCAGUUGAUGGACUUGGUAGCGAGCUGUCUUCUGAGUUUGGUCAGCCGUACAGUCGCCUCACCAUGUGCAUUCUUGAUGGGUGGCGCCUUUGCGAGGAUUGUGGUGCGCCUUGUGAUUCGUGUGGUACUACGUGCCCGGCCUCAUAA